AUGGGAAAUUCCACGUCUAAAAAAACCAGUCGACGUCACUCUGCCGCAACACGUGAGCUUGAAAAGUAUACACGACCAACAGGAUUGUAUGGAAGUUGUCCAUGGGAACUUAAAAUGGCUCGACGACUUAUUCUUGAGCGUAAAUUGGCACCCCGUAUCCCGGGAAAAGAGACAAAAGAGGGGGAUUUUUCACUUGAAUGUCCAAUUUGUUUUAUGUUUUAUCCAGAGAUUCUAAACAUGUCGAGCUGUUGCAACAAACCCAUUUGUUCCGAGUGUUAUCUACAGAUACGACCUCCACAAAAACCCAUAUCCUGUCCAUUUUGCAAUCAAGAGGCAUUUGGUGUCCUUUACACGCCCCCGUCACCGACGGCGAUUUCAUUUAUUCGUUCGGUGAAGAAUGUGAGAUCUCCACGCCGAAGUAGCGCCAUUGGCAUCCCGAAGCGCGUGGAAACAGAGCCAACGACUACCUUGACGAGCACGCAGAGCGUACAUUAUGCUUCGGUGGAAGACCGCCAUCGCAUUCGCGACUCGCUCCGUUCGCAGCUCAGUAUCAGUAACAAACCCGUCACGAACAGUCCACACCCGAACAGUGUCGCGGCGCUGAAUGACGCAGCGUCCCAUCCGUUGGCGACACCAGCAGAUGCUGCACAUUUGGAGGAGAUGAUGCUUUUGGAAGCUAUUCGACGAUCAAUGCAAGAUCUCCAUGUCGAAAAGAAUGACGAGGAGAGAGGAGGAAGGCAAAGCAGCCAGCAACCAACACACGAAAGCGAAGGGGUUGGUGAAGACGAUGACAGCGACGCCGACUACGCCGACGUUGCGCCGUUGAACGCAUCCCAAAUUAGUGUUAAUGCCUUGGGAGCGGUGCACUAUUCAUCGUCACACUCUUUCGACGACCGUAAUACUCCCCCGCUGCGGUCGACGAACACGCCGAGCUGGUAUUCGUGUAGCAAUUGA